CAACGCCAGGCUGUUGCCACAACGACGGAGUUCCCAGCGUGCCUCGCGGCGGCGGGCUCAUGGCGCGGCGGGGGCACAGGCUCUUGCUGCUAGUGCUCUGGACGCUGACGGCUCCUGCCCGGCCCGGCCCCGGAGAAGAGGGCGAUGGAGGGUGGCAGCGGCGCGGAGCCGCCCCGGCGGCGGUGGCGGAAGAGGAGCGCUGCACCGUGGAGCGCAGGGCGGACCUCAGCUACGCGGAGUUCGUUCAGCACUACGCCUUCUCCAGACCUGUCAUUCUGCAGGGACUCACAGACAACUCAAGGUUCCGGGCUCUGUGCUCCCGCAAAAGGCUGCUGGCAUCAUUUGGGGACAACGUGAUUCGGCUGAGCACUGCCAACACCUACUCCUACCAGAAAGUGGACCUACUCUUCCAGGAGUAUGUGGAGCAGCUGCACCCCCAGGACCCCACCUCCCUAGGCAAUAGUGAGCACUUGGGCUGGAGGCAGUGGGUUGGGGAGGUGGCACUUGGAAGUGCCCAGGUGCAGGACCCCUGCUUCCUCCUGUCUUCUUUGCUGACAGACACUCUGUACUUCUUUGGGGACAACAACUUCACUGAAUGGGCAUCACUGUUUCGGCAUUACAUCCCACCCCCAUUCGGUCUGCUGGGAACCACUCCUGCUUACAGCUUUGGGAUCGCAGGAACUGGCUCUGGGGUGCCCUUCCACUGGCACGGGCCUGGGUUCUCAGAAGUCAUCUACGGACGAAAGCGCUGGUUCCUAUAUCCUCCUGAGAAGACCCCGGAGUUCCACCCCAAUAAGACCACUCUGGCCUGGCUCCAGGACACCUACCCAGCCCUGACACCAUCUGCACGGCCCUUGGAGUGCACCAUCCAGGCUGGUGAGGUUCUGUAUUUCCCUGACCGAUGGUGGCAUGCCACACUCAACCUUGACACCAGUGUUUUCAUCUCUACCUUCCUCAGCUAGCCAGAGCAGGCAGCUGACGAGCCCAGUCUCACACCAGCACACAUCCCUAUACUGCUCACAGGUUUUAUUACAAGGAUAGUAGUGGCAGCAGCCUCAGCCAAAACCACCAUAGCCUGCUGUUUCAGGCCAAGAAGGGAAAUGGGGGGUAGGGAGUGGGAGGGCUCAUGGCCUACCAGCGGAACUGAUAGAAGAUGGGAUGGGGACACCAGAGUAGGGGUCCAGGGACACAAACUAUAUACAGGAGCGGAGGAGGGGUACUGCCCCCAGGCCCUCCGGGGCCAGGCUGCCAGGCGAGGUGGGAGGAGUUGCCCUCCCACUUGCUGUGCCUCAGUAGUCCUCCACCCAGCCAUUCUCAGAGAUGAAUGCAUCGAUGACCUCUUUCAUGGCCAGGUUGGGGAUGAGCUGUUCCUGGGUCAGAGGGCUCCGGGUCACAGGGUCAAAGUGGCCCACACGCUGCAGUGACAACAGAGUCAGAAAAAGUGUUUGGUGGGCUGGGGCCCUGCCCCCAGCACCCAUGGGCCCUCACCUGCAGGUGCUCCUCAAUGUCCUUACGGUCAUAGGUGAUGCCACUGGGUGUGAUGCACGGCUCCCGCAUCAGCUCAAAGCUGAUUUUGCCACACAGAUAGUCAGGGAUGUCUCGCUUCUGCAUCACAAGGGUCAGGGAUCAGGAAGGGGACGCUACCACAGAUCCUGCUACCUAAAGGCCCUAGAGAACAGCCAACUCACCUUUCUCUUCUCAUCCACCUGGGAGAAGAGGUCAUCCAUGUCUGCUAAGUACUUGUCCUGCAAACAACCAAGCAGCCAUGCAUGGGCCAGACUUCCCGUCUCCCUUCCCCAGACACAGACACACACAGGAGCCAGGGCACCCUCACAGAAUGUGCACACAAACACAAGACCCACACGUGGGCCGGGGCACCCUCACGUGCUUGGCCUCGAUGCAGGCCUGCUGGGCCCGGACGUGGCCAUCAUCCUCAUCACCCUCAUGGUUCCGCUGACACUCUUCCAGCUCCCUGGGGGUUGACCAGGAGCUGGUCAGAGACAGAUCUGGCCAGGAAAGGUCAGACUCCACCCCAACCUCAGGCUUGUUCAGGCCUGCUCCCCCUCUGUCUGCUGUUCACCAGGGUUAGCCUUCAAUAAACACUUGUGUUCAUGA